AGAUGCAAUCUGUUUCUGGAGUCGGGAUGUAAUUCGACGUUGGAAGACAAUGAAAUACAGAGAAAGACCGGUGACCAGCUGUCUCAGGAAGAAAUCUCUCGCGUGGCGGUUGCGAGUUCCUGGAAAGAGUGGCGAAACAAGGAGAAACGCGGGAGGGUGAGUGGCAGAGGUGGACGAGGAGAGAAAAUUGAAGCCACGAAAGAGGAGCACGAAGCAAGUUUGUGGAGGGGAGAAUGGACGAACGCAGGAUGGUUCGUUAUCGACAACCUCGAAAUUUUAGCCAACCGAAAGGCUUAGAGAUACCGCGGUUGUUUCGCUGGCUCCGCCUCUGACAACACCCGAUUGGCUUCCCCGCUCUUUUUGCCUUUGGAUCCCGUCAGUAGGGGUAGACUUGUGCGCCAAGUCCAUGGAUCGGCGGCAGGAGUCGGCUCGUGCGUGCACACUCCCAAAAGCAACGUUCGUGAAGGCAGAUUGAGCACGUCGUGCUCGUCCUCGUGCGUCGCUUCCGGACGCGACAACCGUUCCUUCCGAGACACUGUUCCCCGUGUUUCUCACGCGCUCGACUAUCUGACAAUUGUUCCGUUUCCCUUCUGGUGGCGACUGAUGCCGUUGGACCGUGUUCAGUGUCGCGACGAGAAUGUCUGAUCGGUAGACAGGAUCCGGGGAAAAGGAAAGUGUUUGAACCGUGGAGCAUAGUGAUUUCUUUUGAGACAGUGGAUGGCCUGAUAUGGCAGUGCAGUGACUUGCUUUUACUUGGUUGUUUUCUGUUGGUUUUCCGUUCCGAUCGACGUAUUUUACUUAAGGACCAGAGACGAGACGAGAGUCUCAACCACGGCAGCAAAAUUGAGCUGGACUUGCACCAACGAGCCGCCGGCCACUUUAUGAGAGCCGGCGGCAACAUGUGCGACGGCUCGUUCACGGAGACCUUGCGCGGUAUGCAGGGUAUGCCGGGUACGUCGCCGCCGGGUGGAGCGGGAGUCGGUCCCAUGGGGGUUGGCCUCGGCAGCCCUCUCGGCUCCGCCGCGAAGAAAGUGCAGGUAGAGCACAUCAAGAGGCCGAUGAACGCGUUCAUGGUAUGGUCUCGGCUACAACGGCGGAAGAUCGCCCAGGAGAAUCCGAAGAUGCACAACUCAGAGAUCUCCAAAAGGCUCGGUGCUGAAUGGAAACUUUUAACGGAGGACGAGAAACGGCCCUUCAUCGAUCAGGCAAAGAGGUUACGAGCACAGCACAUGAAGGAACAUCCUGAUUAUAAAUACAGACCUAGAAGGAAGCCGAAAACGUUGCGAAAGGAAGGCUAUCCUUACAGUAUUCCGUAUCCCAGCGUGCCCAUGGACGCGUUUCGUGCUGGAAUGGCCGGCAGUAUGGGACAAGCUGGAAUGGGCUCGUAUUAUGGGCCCGCAGCGGCUUACGGUUCGCUAUCCGCGGCCAGCAUGGCCGCAGCCGCGGCUGCGGCUGCACAACAGUCUGCGGCGGCGAUGUCCGCGGGCCUGGGAGCACCUGCUCAGGUGGUGAGCUCGAUGGACGCCAUGAAGUACUCGAUGGAAGCGGACAAAUACCGGGCAGCGUACAUGCCACCGAGCACCCUGGCGAUGAGCAUGUACUCCGACCCCAAGUACCUGGACUCCAAUCCGAAAUCAUACUUGGACCGGAGCUAUUUAGACUCCGCGAAGGCCUAUUUCGAGCAAUCGAAGCUCUACAUGGACCAGAAGCCGGCUAUCACCGAUUACAAUCGGCCCAGUUACGAGCACAAGCUCUACGACGAGUCCAGUCCAGGCAGCGUGGUCGGCGGUGGUCCGACGAGGUCGCCAGCGGCAGAGUCACCGGACAUGAGCAAACAGCACGAGAGGACCGAGCACGGCUCGUCUAGCGCGAGUUCCACGUCCACAUCGUCGGCAGCGAGUCCUGGCGCGAGUCUACCAGCCUAUUAUCCAGGCCCGGUGCAAACCAGCGGUUUACUUGGACCGCAAAUGAGCCAGUACAGUGGCUAUCAAACGGCACCAACGCCUGGAAACGAAUCGUUCAGACGACCGUUGACUGUCAUCUUCUGACCCGAUAGAACGUAGCUCUGAGCCAUUCUCGACGAGCAGUUGCCCUGAGUUCGGUCCAUCAACGUUUAUUCACCGGAGAUUUAUACGACGUGGCGUACGUAACGCGGAUAGGCGGCGGAUGUUUAUGCACUCGAUGGAACGCGAAAAUUGCCUGGGACAUCGCACUAAACGAAUGUGCGCACGUGCGUGGAGAAAUAUUAGGAAAUACUCUCAAGGUAAAACAUAGAAAAUUCAGGUUGAAAUUGAUAUUUGUUUGAUAGCGUUUAGCGGACGAAUGAAAUGUUUCACAUCGGUUUGUGUGAUUUCUUUAAUUCUUGUUGUCGAGAGAUGAAUUUGCAUAAACAUUCGUGGGUCUUGUCGCGGAUAUUCAUCGUAGCUUCAGAGAGACUUCUUGGUUUUUAGGAGUUAGUCCUUGGGUUUUUAAAAGAGAGAGGAAUUAUGGAAUUAUUGGCAACGUGAUUAUAUCUUGAAGAGUGGAAUUGUUCCUGUUGUUAAGUUGGAAAGAGGAAAAUAAUAAGUUCGAGUUUUCGUACAAUGGCGUUUGUGUUAUUUUAUCGAUUCUUGAUUUAUUGAUUGACAUAUGAAAAAGAAAAAAAUAGUAAAGGUUUUGUUGAAUUUAUGUAUUAUAUGUGAAUGUGUUGGUAAUUAUCUGGUUAGUUUUCUAAAAAUUAGAUUUAAAUUUAUUUAAUAAUAUAAAAGAUUUUCGUUUCAUUUUACAUGUUAUACUUGUGAUUCUAUCAGACUUAAUCAUUUAUUUAUUCUUGGACUUUAAGUGAAUUACAACUCAUAAGAAAUUUUAGUUAUACAGCAUAAAAAAGCUAUAUAGGGGUUCAAUAAAAGAAAUUAAGAAAAGAAAAUUAUUUAGAAACGUAUUUUACACAUAGAAAAAUAUUUGAUUGUUUAAUGUUCAUUAUAAUGCUUUUCUCAUUUUGUAUUCCUCUUUCUCACGAUUCAUAUUUCAACAGAACAAUUCAACUCCAAAAUUAUCACACAUUAACAGCUUGACUAUCACGUGAGUUUACAUUUCAAUUAAAACGUAGUACACAACAAUGCUUCGAACACUUAAUCGCUUCGUAUUUGCCUGUUACCUGAAUUUUUUGGAAAUUUUUUAAUCGGUAAAAUUGAUCUUACCUUGAUCAUUGUACGAUAACCAACGUGUUAAAUACGAAUCUCAAAUUUACCUCCUAAAUCAAGCAAGAAUAAUCUCUGAAGCUAUGCCAAGUUAAAAGUUCGUCUAACGAAGGAAUGUCGAAGAUUUUUGGACCAACGAAUAUAUUAUCACCAAGAAUAUCGCAGUGAAAUCAGGGCUAUCAACGAUGCAGUUCGUUGAAAGCAACAACGAAGUCGAUACUCUCCGUAUUCUAGCCAUCCCCAAGCGUCGCGUCGGGCUCGACACGUGACGAUUAUUUAUCGCAGAUAUAGAGUUUCUUCCAUCCUCGAAAUGGAAUUAUAAAGAAAUUGUACAUAGUCUCCGUGUAAAUAGUGUAGCAAGGAUUAUUAUCGCGCACGACGCUCGAAAACGGUUUUCCUUCACUAACUUACUUCACCCCCAGUCCCCUUUCGCCACCCUGUUCCCAAAGUGUUUUUCUUUUCAAUCCAGUGGAAUUUCCAUAAUUACCGUAGUAAUUAAAAUUCCACGAGAAGCACCUGAAGCAUCGUUCGGAUUAGUCAAAAUGAUUCUAUAUUCACGUGAUGUCAAUUGAAUCUAACUUGGAAACACUUUGUCUCAAUGUGAACCUCUAGUCUCUAAAUUUAAUUUCAACUAUCUCGAAAGACACCGUAAGAGCUUUUGUUUUGAUUUGUUUUUUUAUUAAAAUACGUUUUAUUUAAAAUUAAUUCGGGACUCUUUGAAUUAACUGGAUAAAUAGAAUUUCUAAUUCUAUCAUCGGUCAGUUCACUUGUAUUCGAGUAGCUUGAAACACCGUGCCGAGUGUAAACCUUAUUUUGUUUUUUUUUUUUUUUUAUUUGAAAGUGAAAUUAAAAUUUUCUGAAAUUAUUCUUCGAUCUGAGAGAAACAGCAGUCGCGUGUUGUUUCCAAUUGAAUAUGACUGAUUUGAGAUUUUACGUUAAUAAGUUAAUAAUUAAAUGCCGGAAACUAGCGACAAGCUUGACGAUAAACUAAGUAAAAAUUUUACAUAGUUUUCAAAUCUCGUCUGAUUGUGUCUCGUUUCACGUGAAGUUCUAAAAUUAAAACAUUCCAAAAGAGGAAUUUAUAAUCCAUAAUCUGCAAUUCAACUUGAUUAAUCUGAACGAAACUUCAACAUACGCGUACAUAGUAGAGAACUUGCCCUUUAUCAUACAUUCUGCUUCGAACAUCGACACCCACUUUACUAGAUCGACACGUCCUUUUUAACAGACACAUCGAUAGCAUUAGACGAUUACUAAUUCCACGGUGUUUCGUUUCGAACGAACUUACACAAAGACAGAGAGCAGGAUGAGCAGAAAGCUUCGUGCGAUGGAACCUCUAAAAGGAGAACGUGUUUUUCGUGCGGUCGUUUGAUUCGUAAUCGAUGUACAUAGACCCCUUCGACUCGUUAAAAGAAGAUACAUCGUCGCUUCCUUUUUGCUCGCUUUCUAAUUUCUUUUUUUUUUUGUUUCGUUCCUCUCGCCAUUUUUCAAUCGAAGAAAGGCCAGGAAAAGUCUCUUCGUCUUUCGCUCGUUUCGAAAAGUAUUAAAAAGAUUAGGAAAUAGAAAAUUUUAUUCCUCAUUUUCGUCGAUCCUUUCAUUUUGUUUUUCUAGUUAUUUAUUGUCCACGAGAAUUCUAUUACUAUUCCAAUAAUUACUAUUCCAUUUUCUUUUUUACUUAAUUCAUCACAGAUGUAAACGAACUCGAAAGCUCUCGAGUACGAAUACGACGUUUGAUAACGUUUGAUAAUGACUGGAGAAUCUGUGUAAUGUUAUCAUUUCUUUUCUGGUUUUCCUCUUGGUUCUUGCUAUUUCUCGGUUUGUUUAGUUCCGCGACGAAACUAUUCAGUAAUUUCUCGGUUUCUCUGAAAAAAUGAGAGUGAGAGAGAGAGAGAGAGAGAGAGAGAGAGAGAGAGAGAGAGAGAGUGUGCGCGCUUUUAUAGACGUUUCGCGAGAGAAAACGACGAAGGAAAAAGAAAAGAAUGAGGGAUACACUUUCGUGAAACGUCCAUAACCCGCUGUAAUCUUUGUACUUGUAUCGUUAACGAUAAACCUCUUAAAACUAUACCGAUUAUUCGAGUAUUACGACUUUAAAGCGGCAGAAGUAAUCUAUAAAUAUUGUACUGUCAGUGAGAAAAGCAAAAAUAAACGUUAAGUAUUAUCCUUCGAACUACGUGUGAUCGCCCGU